CAGGGUGAGAGGUCAUGUUUCCUGGUUUGAAUGCAGAACCGAGUGGAGCCGGAAAACUGAACCCAAUCUUUAAACUAGCUCGUUUGUAAACGUUUUAAAUGUUUUCGACGGUUCGCGAGUGAAGCUCGUGCAGCGGCGUCAUCGGGUGACGUCACCGCCAGCGGCUUCAUCAGGAUCCCUGAAGACGAGGUCGACCUGUCAGCAUGCAGUCGGAGCUGCUGAUUGGGUGGCACCAGGAGAAGGCGGAGCUUACGAAGGAGGUGUGCCGUCUGCAGGAGGAGCUGGCUGAGAGUCGAGCAGAGAGGGAGGAGCUGGAGUCUAGGAGCAGAGCUCUGAAUGACAGGCUGUACCAGUCAGUGUCUCCCUCCCUCGCCCUCUCUCUGCAGGGGGAGGGGGAGCAGAGGGAGUGGAAGAGGAGGGAGAGGGAUGGGAGGGAGAGGGAGGCCAGACAGGCUCUGCUCAUCCACCGACUGCAGAACAAGGUGUUGGAGUACAGAGAUCAAUGUCAACGAUCGGAGCUCCAGCUGGAAGACGUAAACACACAGCUGCUCAGCACCGAGCGCAGGAUUAGGGAUGAACAUAGUGACGCUCUGGAGAUCGCCCUCAUCAAGCUGGAGGAGGAACAACAGAGGUCUCUUGGAUUGGCUGACACAAACGCUCUCCUCCGGCAGCAGCUCAGCCAAUCAGAGCAGGCCAACCAGGCCUUGAGGGAGGACCUCCAGAAGCUGACGUCUGAUUGGACCACAGCGUUGGAGGAGGCGGAGCAUAGAGAGGAUGAUUGGCAGAGAGAGAGGGAGUGUCUCUCAGGUCAUGUGGGUCAGCAACAGGCUUCGCUGCUGUCGGGUUGGAGGUCUGUGGUCGCUCUGAGGAGACACUGUCACACUUUGAAGACCGCCGUCGACAGGGAUCUGUGGCAGUUGCGGGCGGAGUUUUCUCGUCUCUCCUCGUCUCUCCUGUCCAGCUGUGACUCUGUCUCCUCUUCUCUGAGGCUCAGCGCUUCUCCCAUCAAACCUUUUUCCUCCCCCCCUCCCCCUCUUCUCCCCUCUUCCUCCACCCUGGUCCUCCCUCCUCUGGACUCCUCAUCAUCUCUACCUCCUCUCUUCUCCUCCUCCACCCUGGGAACCUUCUCCUUAGGAGAGCUGGAGCACAGAGAGGAGCUGGAGGAGCAGGAGAGGAGGGAGGAGCAGGAGAGGAGGGAGGAGAAGGAGAGGAGGGAGGAGAAGGAGAGGAGGGAGGAGCAGGAGCGAGAGACACAAGUUUUCCAGCCGACAGAACGCAUUGAGGAGCUGUCUCGCUCGCUGCAGGCUGAGGACCUUCAGAGGGAGGACAGACAGAAGGAGGACCUUCAGAGGGAGGACAGACAGAAGGAGGACCUUCAGAGGGAGGACAGGCAGAGGGAGGAGAGGCAGAAGGAGACAGAGAGACAUAGAGACACAGAGAGGAGUCUUCAGUCAGUCAGUCAGGCUGUGGUCAAACUGUCCAGAGUCCUGAGCAGCAGUCAGACCAUGUGUGCGUCCCCAGACAGCGUCCUCAGUCUGGAUCUGUGCUCCCUGCUGUCGGUCCUGUCCCAUGCUGAGAGCGCCCUGCAGUGGAGACAUGAGGAACUGCAGGGGGCGGAGCUCUCUCUGCGGCGGCUCUGUGAGGAGAAAUCAGCUGUUCAGCUCCGACUGAAACAGCUGGAGGACGACAACCAGCUGCUGAAUACACACUCCCAACACACACAGCUGGAGCUUACACACACUCUGGACCUACUGAGCAGGGAGCGCGAGGCGUCGUCCUCGCUGCGUCUCUGGUUGGAGGAGGUGCAGAGGAGGGAGGAGGAGGUGCAGAAAGAGAAGGAUCGUCUGAGGAGGGAGAGAGACAAACAGGAGGAGAGAAACAGACAGCUGGAGACAGAAACACUCAGACGAGUGGAGGCCGAAGUGUUGGAGAACGUCCAGCUGACGGAGAGGGAGACUCUGCUCCGGGUGGAGAUCCACUCUCUGAAGGGGGCGCUGGAGAAGCAGCUUCUGGACCGGCAGAGAGCAGAAGAAGAAGCCGCCGACGCCAGAGACGCCCUGCAGAAGUCCAGAGACAGCGUGGUGAGUCUCUCCUCCUCCGAGUGUGCGUUGAGGCGGGAGGCGCACGAGGGGCGCGACGCUCUGGACAAGAUGGCCGCCCUGAACGCAGCUCUGGCGCUGGACAAGAAGGAGCUGAACGAACAGCUGCUGAAGCUGGAGUGUGAGCUGUCAGACAGCCAAUCACAGCUGCAGGCGGUGAGGUCAGAGGUCAGCUCUCUGCAGAGGGAGGUCAAGACCCUCCACCUGGACUGCGACCAGCUCAGAGCUCAACGAGAGGAGGAGGCCGACGUUGUCCGUCAGCUCAGAGGAGGAGAGAGAGAGAUGGAGAGAACACUGGAGGAGGAGAAGAGACUGCUGGUCUCCCUGAAGGAGGAGAGAGAGAGGGAUGAAGAUCAGCUGGAGGAGCUCUCCUCCCAGCAUGCCUCAGCGUGCCUGGAGCUGAAGGAGGCGCAGCAGCAGCUGAGGCAGUCGGAGGAGGAGGUGAGGAGGAGAGAGCGGCAGCAGGAGGAGCAGCAGUGGGAGAGCAGGAGGCAGCAGGAGGAGCAGCAGCACCUGCAGAGGCAGAAGGAGCAGCUGGAGGAGCAGCUGGAGGAGCUCAGGUGUGUGGCGGAGGCUCUCCAGCAGCAGCUCCAUCAGCAGCAGAAGCAGCUCUCACAGUCGGAGAUGGACAGAAGUCAGCUGACCACUCAUGUCGUCACGGUGCAGCAGGUCAAAGCAGCUCUACAGGGGGAGAUCGAGUGUCUACGAGGAGAGCUGGAGAGAACGACUACCAGGAGAGAAAAGGAGGAGGAGAUGAGGGAAGAGGAGAGGAAGAGGAGUGAAGAGGAAAAGGAGGCUCUGAAGGAAGAGACUGAGAGGCUGACGGAGGAGGUGGAAGACCUGAAGAGGAGGAGGAGAUGGGAUGAGGAAAAGGAGACUGAGGCCUGGCAGAGAGAGAGGGAGGAUCUGAGCGAGGAGCUGGGGAUGAGGGACGGAGAGGUGGAGGCACUGAGGAGGCGCAUAGAGGGGCUGAUGGAGGAGGAGCGAGACAGACAGAAGGAGGUGGAGAGGCUGAGGGAGGAGGUGAAGAGGACAGACGUCAGGCUGAGAGAAGGGGAGGUGAAAAGAGAGGAGGAGGUCGAGGCGCUCUGCGACCGGAUGGAAAGAUUAGAAAGAGAGAGGGAGGAGAGGGAGGAAGAGAUGGAGCGGUUGAGGAGUGAAGCGGAGGAGGUGAAAAGAUGCAGGAGGAGGGUGGAGGAGGUGGACGAGGAGAUCAACAGACUGAGAAAAGAAACAUCUGCACUGCAGGAGGAGAAAAGACAGAGGAAGAGACUGCAUGACGGAGAGGAGGAGGAGAGGAGGAGGAGAGCAGAGGAGGAGGUGGAGCUGCUGAGGGUGAGGCUGAGUGUGGCCAAGGAGGAGUGCGAGGAGGUGAAGGAGCAGGUCGAGCGGAGGGAGCGCAGCCUGGAGCGACAGAUGAGCGCCGUGAGGGAGAGGGAGGAGGAGGUGGAGGAGCUGAAGGAGCAGCUGAGGUUGGCUGUGGAACAGAAGGAGGAGGGAGAAAGGGAGCGGAGGGAGGCGAACGACAAGCUGAAGCAGAGCGCAGGGAGGGAGGAGCAGCAGGAGGCGCUGCUGAAAGAAACCUCGGCGCUCCUCAGGAAAGAGAGGAGGGAGGGAGGAGAAAAGGAUGUCACCAUCUCCUCCCAGGCCAGGGAGCUGCAGGAAGCCCGGGCCGAAGGCGAGGGAGCGAAGAGGAGAGCCGGAGAGAGGGAGGAGGCCUGCGACAGGCUGGAGGAGGAGGUGAAAGAGUCGAGGGAGGAGGCUGAGCGAAGCUCGAAGGAGGUGGCAAAGUUCAACCGUAUCCUGAAGGAGCGAGAGGAGGAGGCGCAGCACCUACGAGCUACGCUGGAGGAGAUGGAGGAGGACGGGAGAGAGAGGGAGGCGCUGAGGAGAAUUGAGACGGAGAGGAGGAGAAGGCUGGACAACAAGCUGUUAGAGAUGGAGGAGGAGAAGAAUAGCCUCGAGGAGAAAAGGAGGUUGGAUGACAGAUUAGAGGAGAUGGAGAUGGAGGUGCGGGAGAAAAGAGAGGAUCUGAGGAGGACAGAGGAGGAGAAGAGGAGGCUAGAGGAGGACCUGAAAGAGGAGCGAGGGAGAUUGGUGGAAGCCGAGAGAAGUCAGCACCUCCUUUUGGAGGAAAGAGAGAGGUCCAGAACGAGAGAGCUAGAGGAGGAGAAGGCGAGACUGUGGAGAAGCGAGAGGGAGGUGAAAUCUCUCAGACAGGAGGUGCAGAAGGAAGAAAAGAAGAAAAAGGAGAUCCAGGAAGAGAUGACAACCCUCAAAGAGGCGGUACAAAGGGAACAAAGGAGGGAGGAGGAGGCCCAGGAGGAGCUGAGGAGGGCUGGAAAGGUGGUGGUAGCGCUAAGAGAGGAGGUGAAAAGAGAACAAUGGGAGAAGAAGGAGGCCCAGGAGGAGCUGAUGAAGAGAAGAGAAGACAUGACAUCGCUCAGAGAGGAGGUGCAGAAGGAGCAGAAGGAGAAGGAGUAUGUACAAGACACGUUAAUGAGGAACGAGAAGGAGGUGACUGCUCUCAGAGAGGAGGUGCAGAAGGAGAAGGAGUAUGUACAAGACACAUUAUUGAGGAACGAGAAGGAGGUGACUGUUCUCAAAGAGGAGGUGCAGAAGGAACAGAAGAUGAAGGAGUAUGUACAAGAGACAUUUUUGAGGACACAGAAGGAGGUGACUGCUCUCAGAGAGGAGGUGCAGAAGGAACAGAAGGAGAAGGAGUAUGUACAAGAGACAUUAAUGAGGAACAAGAAGGAGGUGACUGCUCUCAGAGAGGAGGUGCAGAAGGAGAAGGAGUAUGUACAAGACACAUUAUUGAGGAACGAGAAGGAGGUGACUGCUCUCAAAGAGGAGGUGCAGAAGGAACAGAAGAUGAAGGAGUAUGUACAAGAGACAUUAAUGAGGAACGAGAAGGAGGUGACUGCUCUCAGAGAGGAGGUGCAGAAGGAACAGAAGGAGAAGGAGUAUGUACAAGAGACAUUAUUGAGGAACGAGAAGGAGGUGACUGCUCUCAAAGAGGAGGUGCAGAAGGAGCACAAGGAGAAGGAGUAUGUACAAGAGACAUUAAUGAGGAACGAGAAGGAGGUGACUGCUCUCAAAGAGGAGGUGCAGAAGGAGCACAAGGAGAAGGAGUAUGUACAAGAGACAUUAAUGAGGAACGAGAAGGAGGUGACUGCUCUCAGAGAGGAGGUGCAGAAGGAACAGAAGGAGAAGGAGUAUGUACAAGAGACAUUAAUGAGGACACAGAAGGAGGUGACUGCUCUCAGAGAGGAGGUGCAGAAGGAGAAGGAGUAUGUACAAGAGAUGUUAAUGAGGACAGAGAAGGAGGUGACUGCUCUCAAAGAGGAGGUGCAGAAGGAACAGAAGGAGAAGGAGUAUGUACAAGAGACAUUAAUGAGGAACGAGAAGGAGGUGACUGCUCUCAGAGAGGAGGUGCAGAAGGAACAGAAGGAGAAGGAGUAUGUACAAGAGACAUUAAUGAGGACCGAGAAGGAGGUGACUGCUCUCAGAGAGGAGGUGCAGAAGGAACAGAAGGAGAAGGAGUAUGUACAAGAGACAUUAAUGAGGAACGAGAAGGAGGUGACUGCUCUCAAAGAGGAGGUGCAGAAGGAACAGAAGGAGAAGGAGUAUGUACAAGAGACAUUAAUGAGGAACGAGAAGGAGGUGACUGCUCUCAAAGAGGAGGUGCAGAAGGAACAGAAGGAGAAGGAGUAUGUACAAGAGACAUUAAUGAGGAACGAGAAGGAGGUGACUGCUCUCAAAGAGGAGGUGCAGAAGGAGAAGGAGUAUGUACAAGAGACAUUAAUGAGGGCAGAGAAGGAGGUGACUGCUCUCAGAGAGGAGGUGCAGAAGGAGCACAAGGAGAAGGAGUAUGUACAAGAGACAUUAAUGAGGAACGAGAAGGAGGUGACUGCUCUCAAAGAGGAGGUGCAGAAGGAACAGAAGGAGAAGGAGUAUGUACAAGAGACAUUAAUGAGGAACGAGAAGGAGGUGACUGCUCUCAAAGAGGAGGUGCAGAAGGAACAGAAGGAGAAGGAGUAUGUACAAGAGACAUUAAUGAGGAACGAGAAGGAGGUGACUGCUCUCAAAGAGGAGGUGCAGAAGGAGAAGGAGUAUGUACAAGAGACAUUAAUGAGGGCAGAGAAGGAGGUGACUGCUCUCAGAGAGGAGGUGCAGAAGGAGCACAAGGAGAAGGAGUAUGUACAAGAGACAUUAAUGAGGAACGAGAAGGAGGUGACUGCUCUCAAAGAGGAGGUGCAGAAGGAACAGAAGGAGAAGGAGUAUGUACAAGAGACAUUAAUGAGGACCGAGAAGGAGGUGACUGCUCUCAGAGAGGAGGUGCAGAAGGAGGAGGAGUAUGUACAAGACACAUUAAUGAGGAACGAGAAAGAGGUGACUGCUCUCAGAGAGGAGGUGCAGAAGGAGCAGAAGGAGAAGGAGUAUGUACAAGAGACAUUAUUGAGGAACGAGAAGGAGGUGACUGCUCUCAAAGAGGAGGUGCAGAAGGAGCACAAGGAGAAGGAGUAUGUACAAGAGACAUUAAUGAGGAACGAGAAGGAGGUGACUGCUCUCAGAGAGGAGGUGCAGAAGGAGAAGGAGUAUGUACAAGAGACAUUAAUGAGGACAGAGAAGGAGGUGACUGCUCUCAGAGAGGAGGUGCAGAAGGAACAGAAGGAGAAGGAGUAUGUACAAGAGACAUUAAUGAGGACAGAGAAGGAGGUGACUGCUCUCAGAGAGGAGAUGCAGAAGGAGCAGAGGAGGAGGGAGGAGGCCCAGGAGGAACUGAAAGAAGUGCAGCAGAGCAUGGAGGUGAACCUGAGCUCCCUGCAGAGUCAGGUGUCUAAUGUGAGUCAGAACAGAGAGCGAGUGAAGGAGGAGGAGAAGGAGAGUCUGAGGGUGGCGCUCCAGGAGGUGAAGGAGGAGAAGGAGCAGAUGAAGGAGAGUCUGAGGGUGGCACUGCAGGACGUGACCAAGCUGAAGCUCCUCCUGCAGGAGAGCCACACGGAGGACAAGCGUCUUAGGAGCGCCCUGAAGGAGGAGGUGCAGAGGGUCAGGGAGGAGGCGGAGAUGGAGAGAGGAGAGGUGGAGGAGCUGAGGGCUAGAGCCAAGGCCCUGGAGAGGAGGAGGAGAGAGAUGAUGGAGGAGCUGGAGGAGGCCCGGCAGGCGAAGGACAAGGCAGAGGAGCACAGCAGGGAGGCCCAGGAGAGGUGGAGGAGCAGAGUGGAACAGGUGGAGGAGGAGCAGGAGGUGAAGCUGAAAGCUUUGUCGAAAGAAAUCCAGAGGCUGAGGGAGCGCGAGGAGGAGACUGAGAGGAGGUCAAGGCUGGAGGAGGUGAGGAUGGAGGCGGAGAAGCCUCAGAGAGAGGAGAUGGAUGGAUGGAGGAGCAGAGACCAAGAGACAAACAACAAGGAGAUAGGAGGAGGAGGAGGAGGAGGAGAGGAUGAGGAGGAGGAGGAGGAGGAGCAGAUCUCCUCACUGCAGCAGGAGAAAGAGGAGAUCAGGAGGUUACUGAGGCAAAGAGAAGCUGAGGUCUACUUUCUGACUCAGAGGACAGACGAGCUGGAGAAAGACAGGGAUCGUGUCCGAUUGGCUUUGGAGCGAACAGAGGCAGCUAUGAUUGGCUACAGGGAGACAGCCCACCAACGGGAGCAGAGCCUGGGGGCGGAGCCUAACGCUGACGAGGCUGUGGGGGGCAGGCUGCUCGUGCUGCAGCAUCUGGUGGCUGAACUGGAGCUGGAACAGAAACGACUGAACAAGAAGAACUCUCAUCUGGAAAAUCAGAAAGACAAACUGAAGAAAGACAGAAACUCACUGAGAGACACUUUGAGACAGGUGGAGGCGGAGCGUUCUAGGUUCAGACAACAGCAGACUGACAGCAGCAGAUCUCAGGAGUCUGCUGACACCACAGAAGUCGGAUACCUGAGGAGCAGAGUGAGGGAGCUGGAGGACCAGGUGAGUCAGCUGCGUCUCUCAUUGGCUACCGAUCAUCAGCAGAGGGCGGAGUUCAUCCAGCAGUCCUUCAGGAACAGCCAAUGGCUGCUCUCUCUGAGACACGACCUCACCGAUUCGCUGGCCGCCGUCACGCACUGUCCAAUCCCGUCCGUCCUGGAGUCUGAGACGCAGCGAUUGGACCGCAGCCUGAGGGAGGAGGAGCUUAAGAUGUCCCUCAGCCAAUCGUAACGCCUGAAUACUAAAAACACUAAACUGAGGUUUCAGUAUUUCUCCGGACCAAAUGAACAAAACUCUCGAUUGUGAAGAGACCUGAGAUGUGAUGUAAAUAUUGUUUAUGUGUUUGUUACAUGAGUUUACUGGCGUUUAAUACAAAGUACCUCCAGCAGGACCGUGUCCUCAAAUAAUCUGAAGACCCUGAACGUCACAUUAAACUUCUGUACAUGUUUAGUUCAACUUUACAGACGUUUUAAUCUUUACAUGUUUAGUUCAACUUUACAGACGUUUUAAACUUUACAUGUUUAGUUCAACUUUACAGACGUUUUAAACUUUACAUGUUUAGUUCAACUUUACAGACGUUUUAAACUUUACAUGUUUAGUUCAACUUUACAGACGUUUUAAACUUUAAAUGUUUAGUUCAACUUUACAGACGUUUUAAACUUUACAAGUUUAGUUUAACUUUACAGACGUUUUAAACUUUACAUGUUUAGUUUAACUUUACAGACGUUUUAAACUUUACAAGUUUAGUUUAACUUUACAGACGUUUUAAACUUUACAAGUUUAGUUUAACUUUACAGACGUUUUAAACUUUACAAGUUUAGUUUAACUUUACAGACGUUUUAAACUUUACAAGUUUAGUUUAACUUUACAGAUGUUUAAAACUUUACAUGUUUAGUUCAACUUUACAUACGUUUUAAACUUUACAUGUUUAGUUUAACUUUACAGACGUUUUAAACUUUACAAGUUUAGUUUAACUUUACAGAUGUUUAAAACUUUACAUGUUUAGUUUAACUUUACAGACGUUUUAAACUUUACAAGUUUAGUUUAACUUUACAGACGUUUUAAACUUUACAUGUUUAGUUUAACUUUACAGACCGGAACAUGAAUGGUCGGGUGUUGAUCAGUUAUUAAAGUUAUGAGCCAGUUUGAAGGUCAGUGAGUUAUUUAUUGUUUUGUAUUUCUAUUCUGUCGUGACACACUUGGCUUCCCAUGAUCCUCUAGUCUGGCUCAGGUAAAGGUCAGAGGUCAGUUGUGUGUGUUGUGUGUGAAGCUCAAUAAAAACCAAAGUUUUGACGA